AUGAUGGUUACAAGUUGUGUUAAUGUAUUGCAAUCUUUCUUCAAUUUUCCAAUGUUGGAAAUGAAAACCCUAAAUCCAAUCCCAAAUUUCAAUUCUACUCUCUCUUUGAAAUGUCACUGUUCAACUACUUCACCAAACGAAUUCACAGUUUCAUAUCUCGUUACCAAUUUGGGCUUCUCAUUCGAAACUGCUACAAGAGCUUCCAAACUCGUUCGUUUCAAGGCUUCCCAAAACCCUGAUUCAGUAAUCGCCAUCCUCACAGACUUUGGUUUCUCCGAUUCUCAGAUAAACAACCUUGUUAGACAAGCACCCAACAUUCUUACAUGUGACCCCCACAAAAGAAUUUUGCCAAAGUUUCAAUUUUUACUCUCAAAAGGUGCUUCAAAUUCUGAUGUAGUGGAGAUUGUGUGCAGAAGCCCUAGAAUUCUAUAUGCAAGUCUUGACAAUUGCAUAAUCCCUACUUUUGAAUUGGUAAGAAGGUUCCUUCCAUCUAAUCAGAAAGUUUUUCAAUCUAGAUGUUUCUUUGGUUAUCAUAAUUUUGUUAGUAAUGUGAAGUUGUUGCUUGAUCAUGGAGUCACUGACUCAAAUAUAAGAUAUCUGUUACUUAAAACACCCUCUAUAUUUCUGAUUCGUGACAUGAGGAGUGCUCUGGAUAUGGUUAAGAAUAUGGGAUUUAAUGAUCCUUCCAAAGUAAAUUUUUGUAUAGCAUUGUUAGUCAAAAGGGCUAUGCCGAAAUCUAAGUGGGAUGCUAAAGUUAUUGUCUUUAAGACAUGGGGUUGGUCCGAUGAAAUGGUUCUAGAAGCGUUUAGGAAGCGACCCUUGUUUAUGCUAACAUCCGCAGAGAAAAUUGAUAAUAUCAUGAGAUUUUGGGUGAAUGAGUUGGGCUGGAACUCUUCAGCCCUUGUCAAAAGGGCGGAUAUUUUUUCGUAUAGUUUGGAGAAUAGGAUCAUUCCGAGGGCCUGUGUUGUUUCGUAUCUGAUCUCCCAAGGUUUGAUAAAAAAUAAUGUGGAAUUGUCUACCCCUUUUGGUGUUAAGGAAGAGGUGUUUCUUGAAAAGUAUGUGCAAAGUUUUAAAGAAGAAAGACAUAAUUUGUUAAAGCUAUACCAGGAAAAAAUGGAUGGUAAGAAAAUCAAGGAAAAUGGUGAAGCGUCUGUAAGCUAUUGA